AUGUCAGCUCACCUCAGUCACGAAGAGUUCUUUGGCAAGUUGGCCGAGCUCUUCGAACAACGCAAGAGCAAGGGCCAUGGCUCGAUAUUCCUCCUCCAGAAAAGAUGUACGUCCACCACGUCGCAGCCGCACCCCGAGACUCCCAAAGACUUAUCGUGUCCUCUAGUGACCUACGGCCAAGAAACGUCCUUGACACCAUCCGGCGAUGAAUCCUUCUCCGACCUCCACCCCGCAAACCCGCUCCCUGUGAUUGUGCGCGCGACAAACGGCAAGUCGAAGAAACAUAGAGACGACAAGAUCAAGCUGUCGACAAUCGUUCAGCCCGAUGCGCUGGAAUCCUUCUACGCCAGCUACGCCGAGGUCUGCAAGGGGGGUAUGGCAGCACUUAAGCCCCGCGAUCGGAGUAAAAAGAAGGCCAAGGCCAGGAAGAAGAAGGGAGGUGCAGUCACGGCCGUUGCUACGGCCUGA